AUGUCGAACGCUGCACAGCCCUUGCGGCUCGUCCAGACAUUGCGGUCGAUGAACAACUCAACUUUCCGCAGCCGUCGCAUGCGAUCUCGCCGUACACUCGCAACUCAAGCCAAUCGUCCGUCUACUUCGUUGGAUCCGGAACUAGAAGAAGCAUCAUCUUUGAGGACGAUAUCGUCCUCUGGAUCUACCUUACCAAAGUUUGAUCCGCUCAAGUCUGCAAGGUCGCGAAAGCAUCAAUUACCACGUAGCAGGUAUCAAUUUCGUGAUCCUAAAUAUGAUCGCGGGCCUCUAAACCCUCAUCAACCUCUUCCUCCGUCCAAUCCUGGCAGUCGAGAAUUCAUUCCCGGGCCGUUCUCAUCUCCUAGAGUUGAGCAAUUCUACCACAACAUUAUUGCCCCCGAUUUCAUGACAAUGUGUUACCAACAUACACCUCCCGGCUUUAGAGCGGUCGAGAAAGGGCCGCGCCUGAGAUCUUGGGUCGGAGACUCUCCCUAUUUCAGAAAUAGAUCACUGCGUGGACCCCGUGGUGGAGACGUGCUCCGUCUUUUACGGAAGCCUGUUACCUUUCGAAAUGUCCCAAUGAUUGAGAGAAUCACAGUGCAUAGCAUGAUCUCGGGUGCUCUCAAAAAUGGAUCUGGAUAUCUUCAUGUCGCGGGAAUGGUCUUGCAAGCCAUAACAAAUCAGAGAGUCACUCUGCAUAAGGCGAGGAUAAGUGAGUCGAAAUUCUCACUUAUCAGAGGAAGGAGUGUCAGUAUGACAUGCGAUCUUAAGGGCGAGAAUAUGUAUCAUUUCCUUGGAAAGCUGAUCAACAUUGUUCUUCCACGAAUCAAGGAUUGGAAUGGUGUUCGAGCGACAACAGGAGAUGGUAGCGGAAAUCUGAUGUUUGGAUUUGAGCCUGAUGUUGUCAGCAAUUUUCCUGAGAUGGAGGGUAAUUACGAUGCUUAUCCUCCCAAACUCAUUCCGGGCAUGCACAUUACAAUCCAUACGACUGCCAAUUGUGAUAAAGAUGCUAGACUGCUACUGCAGCAGCUCGGUGUUCCUUUCUAUGGCAAGAUCGUGAACUGA